UUCAAAAACAUCACCAAAGCUAUAAUUGAUUACCUCUCUCUCUCUCUCUCUCCAAGAAUCCAAAGCAACCUAACUCUUUCUCCCUCAUCAGCUUCAAGAAUGGCCAAAGUUCACCCUCUGCCUCUAUCUACUGAAUCUACUUCUUCUUCUCCUUCUUGUUGUUGCUCUAACUCCUCUGAUAAUUACUACACAACUUCAAAGAAAGAAACUUUUACCAUAUGGAUGAAAUCUCUUGUUAUGCAAACUAAUGGAUGCACUGUUUAUAAUGAAAAUGGUGAGAUCGUUUAUAGGGUUGAUAAUUAUGAUAAGAAAGGAAGCAGCGAGGUCUAUCUCAUGGAUCUUAAAGGCACAGUUCUCUUUACUAUUAGGAAAUUAUGGCUCUUUAGACAAUGGAAGGGUUAUAAAAGCGAUGGGUUGAAAUUAAAAGCUCAAAAGCCUUGCUUUCAAGUUAGAAAAAAUUCAAGAAUUUUAAAAGGAAGUUCAUCCUGUGAAAUUUCUAUUAGAUCUAGUAAUGGUUGCUACAAGUUAGAAGCUUCUACUGGAAAGUCAGCUUUCAAGAUUAUAAACAGAAAUGGAGGAUUAAUGGCUAAGGCCACAAGAAAGCAAACAUCAACAGGAGUAGUAUUAGGAGAUGAUGUACUAAAAUUGGUGGUAGAGCCUCAAGUUGAUCACUCCUUUAUUAUGGCUUUAGUGACUGUUUACGGAUUAAUACAUCACAGACUCUGAGCAGAGAGCAUUCCUCCAUAGUUCCUGUGUAUACAACGAUGUAGACAAAGAAUUUUUUUUUUUUUUUUCCCAUCUUCUUGUUUUGACUAUCAAAUUUUAACUAAUCUUAGGUUAUUUGAUAGAUUUUUCUCAUUUUUCUCGAAGAGUUAAUGUUUUUUUUCCCAUUUUCUUGUGUAAUACAGAGUUCAAAUAUAUAUGGCUCCAAUUUUGUAUUAAAAUUUAAAAUUAUAUUACAAUUCGAUCAAGUUUCAGUUCCUAUUGAAA